AUGAGACUCAUGCACAACUAUCUGACAGAGGUCGCUCCUUGGUUCGAUGCUCAUACCGGCCAACAGUUCUAUUCUCGGACGGAGGUGCCACGCAUGCUGCAGUGUCCUCCUUGGCGGGCAGCGGCAUUGGCAAUCUCUGCCAAAAACAUAGAGCUACGGGAGAAACGCUCAAUUAUGCCGGACUUGGAGUCUCUGCCAUUGCACCUCUACCAGCUUGCUGUUAGACUUGCCAUCGAUGCUAUGUCUGGCCGUUUCGAAACUGUCGGAGCUCUGGCCGGUUGUGUGCUACUCUGUGUCUACGAAAUGAUGACAGUGACAUACACGGAUUGGAGGAGGCAUGUGCAGGGUUGCACAAGCAUUUACACGCACAACAGCUGGAAUGGCUCAAGCGGCGGACUGAUUAGCGGAAGUUUCUGGGACUACGCUAGAAUUGGUACAGUAUGCUAGCAUCGUGGUUGCCAUUAAGCUAAUUCAUAGCUUCAGAUAUCUGGGCCGCCUUCUCUGCCGGAACUCGAACUAUGAUGGCAACAGAGAACUGGUUCGACGACCCGAUGUCGAUAAUGCAACAGACAAACAUGGAUGAAGACCUUCAUUCGCAGGUGGCAAUCUGGCUUACAGCUAGAGUCGUUAAUAUUGUGUCUACGGAGACACCCCCUGUCUUAGAUGAAGAAUUGUUUCAACUGCGGUCAGCCAUGGAAAGUUGGCCUCAACUAGGAGGCUCGUCAACUAGACCAGUGCUUUCUCGAGAGGCCGAUGGCAUGGCAGACUAUCCCUUUCCGCGAAUCCUGUUCUCUACACACAGUUCAAGUAAGUCAAAUCAUCUGAGCGCUUCUUGACAAAGACUAACUGGUAAGUCAUUGGACAUACCAUGUGGAACAGCGCAAUGGUUUUGUUGUUCGAGUAUGAGGCAGCACGUCGCCACCAAGAAGCACCUGCGCUUCAAGAAGAAGCGUACCGUCACGCUCUAGACGCUGCUGGAAUCAUUGAAACCAAUAAUCACACGUGAGUAUCAGGCCCAGGUCGACCGAGCCGAACCGUCGCUCAUGAUUGCCAGCGCAUGUUUGGUCAACUCUUUGCAGCCAGCAUUUAUCUGCGGGAGACAAAUGCGGACCAAAGGCGAGAAGUUCGCGAUCCUGGAGCUGCUCGCUCAAAUCGAAAGGAAGACAGGCUGGAGGUGCGGGUGGCGAUCAGAUGGUCUCCGGGAGUUCUGGAACCUAUGCUAA